AACACAUCCAACGCUAAGACCAAUACAACACAUCAGUUAUUACAAGAGAUUUUACAUUCAGUUUUUUAUAAUGAAAAAUGAUUUGUCAAUUCAUAGACAGUGUUUGCAGUGUUUGAUCGGUUGGGGCUAAGAGUUGGCCACCAGUUGUUGUUGUGUUAUAACAAGUGUUGUGUGAUUUAGUGGCCGAUCGGUUGCGGGGGUAGAGGAGGUUGUGGUCAUGGCUUUGGCCAGUUUUCUACGCGAAUGUAAGGGAGAGCGGAACCGACCGCCAGAGCCGCCCCGGAUCUACGCCCGAGACAUACCCCCUGACGCUAAACUAACUUUUGUUGAUUUUGUGCCUUCGGUUACGCACAGGGAUAAAAAGGACAAAAUCUUUUAUCACCCGUUCAGAAUAUUACUAGAAGUGGCUAACAAAUGGCUUCAACAUAAUUACGACUGGGAAGUCGUUAAUUGUGAAUCCGUAACCCUAUUGUUCCGACACAACGCCUGUUCCCACGUUUCCCAAUGGGAUCUCAUGCCAAAUGUGGCCGCAUCUCAGGUCAUGGGUCAGGAGGCGGCCAUCAAAGCACUCAGGUAUACAUUA